AUGCCUCGGCGGAACGAACCAUUUUCAGAACAUCCGCAAACGCGCACUGCUCCCUCUCUCCUGGCGACUUCUGAGGUGUAUGGGCAGCUCGAGAAGGCACUAGGAGAGCUCCACCCGACUCUGGAAGCCUCGAAGGCGUCUUCUCACUUCUUAUCUUCUCGAGUCGAAUCUUCUCUCUACUCCACUUGCUUGUCUUCAUCGUCUGCGAGGAGAAACGUCUCUCAACAUCUGGGAACCGAGCUGGCACCGAAAAAGGAAGGUCCCAAGCAUCACGCUGCAGAUUUCCACACCCUGUCUGCCGACAAGGCUCCUCUGUCCUCCCAGGAAACCGGCAACCUGUACGUCCACCGUUCUCAGCACGAAGUCUUUUCGGCAUUGCCUCGCUCCACGGGCAGGUUGCCCCUGGAGACCUCUCGAUCUGUCGAUCUCUACGGCGCCUCCCCUCUGCAAGGAAGACGGGACACGCGAAAAUCUGAGGCCUUGGGCGCUGCCGAGACACCCUCGCGGAUCCCUAUCCCCCCCCAGCGGAGUGCGUCCCGAGGGGCCUUCGCGCCCUCCGAUUGCGCGGAACCUCUGAGGCCACGCUCAGGUGUCUCCGAUGCGGUGUCUUCGGAGACAGCCCGAAGGAAAGAAAACACUGAGGAACCCGCGAUUUGCACCAGCAGAGGCCUCGAUCGCCAGGUGGAGUGGCGUUCUCCGUUUAGCGCCGAUCGCGAAUUCGAUGCGCAGGUCUCCUGGGGGAUUUCCCGCGAGUCCCAGCCGGCCUUCCCGCGAAGAGAGCGAGAGCCCCUGGAGGGAGGAGCCCGUCGAGAAGUGAAACAGUCCUCCUCGCGCAAACUGCAAACGCCUCCACUGGCCGAUACUAGAGCGUUCGUUACCAGUCUCGGCUCUAGCAGCGUGGCCGACGUCUCUGCAGACGCGGCUCCGAGCAGCAGCCUCAUCGUCUCCGGCGGCCGUCUUUGUGGCGAGAAUGGCGACGCGAGGACGCAUGCAAGCAGACUUGAGCCUGAGCGGCAGACAGAGCUCACGCGUAGCUGGACGUCUCGAGAGAGGGCAUUUGGAAGUCUUGUUUCCUCUCGUUCCGUGAACACUGUGCCAGCAGAAGCGGAGCCGGCAGGGGAGAGACACAAAGUGGGCAGAUGCAGGGAACCGAGUCGAGGUAAGAGGUCUGCUGACUCCACGCGGCACUCCGCCGUCUCUGCCGCGAUGGACUCUGUUUCAAGGCCACUGUCCUCGCGCUUCCCGGCGUCUGUCGCCGCUGCCUCGCCGGCCUCUCGACUGUCAACGGCCAAGGAUGGGCGCGAACACAGCGGCGACCCUGAUAGGACAGCGAGCGGCGCUCGUGCUGCGUCUCUCUCUGGAACCAGCCGAACGAGAGAAGAGAGGGGAGCAGGCGACAAGGACUCGACGGGGAACGCCUUCCCAGGCGCAGCGUCGGUGAGGGAGAGGACUGGCCCGGAGCAGCCACUCGGUGGCGAGGCCGUCUCCGCGCCCGCGGGGGCCCUCGGCAGUUCUGCCUGUCUAGGCUCGAGCCGUCUGCCGCCUCUCCCUGCGUCGUCCCGUCGCGCACUCGCCUCUUCUCUCAGCGUGGAGCGAAGGCGGUCGCAGCCGUCGGGUUUGAUGGCCGAGCUGCGUCGUCUGGCGGAUGACGUGCAUGCGCUUCGAGACGAGUACCUCGACCAGGAGUCAGCGUCUCUGCAGUCUGCGCGAGAAGCGACGGCGGAGAGCGAGAGAACGCGCGGGUCCGAGAGAGCGCGCUUGGAGUGCCUCUCAGCGAGGGGAGUCCCCGACGCGUCUUUGGAGAGGAGACACGCGCGUGGAGGUCGUGAGGCGAGCCGUGUGGGAGAGGGAGCAGAAAUGCGACAGUUCCCAUUAGGAGAGGCGCGCCCUUUGCGGGGUGUCUCGUCUGCUUUCGCCAGCGAGGAUACUGCUGGGAAACGCGGGAGACAGGGAGAAGGGGAAGUGGAGAAACAAGGAAGAUGGGUGGCCAGGGACGCUGCGAGGCGGGUUUCCCGCUCUCUCUCUCCUGGGCAGUUCUCUUCCGGCACACAUUCGGCCUUGUCUUCUCGCCACGGGGUCCUCCCUGAACACCCUGUCCACGCUUCCCCGCUUUCUCGAGUUCCCUCGUCCCCUCCCUCUUCUUUCGGUUCCCCCCUUCCUUCUUCUCUGCUGGCUUCCUCUCUGUCUUCUCGUGGCAGAGCCGGCAGCGUGCGGGAAACGUCCGGUCCUGAAAAUGUUUUUGCCACGAGGGGAGGUCUGGCGACGACUCGCGAGCAGGCCGAACAAGCAAGUGCACCGCCCCAAAGCAGAGACAGCGGCGACGGCGUGUUUCCGAAGAAACGACCAGGCGAGGAACGGGCCUUUUUGAACCAAAAAACGCCUCCCUCGUACGGUGUCUGUACAGCGGGCGAAGCGAAGCGGAGCGCUCCGUUACCGGACGACGCGCGACGUGGCGGAACAGAGCGAAGCCAAAGAGACAGCGGAGGGAACGGAGUCGAGGGAGGCGGAAGGCGAGCGACUGAAGAGAGAGAGGUCGACACCUCCCCGCCACUCUAUUCAGGCGAAAAGACGAACAAGGGAAUGUAUGACGAUGUCCUGUCUUCUUCGCUGUACGUACACCGCACUCGAGACAAUGGAGAAGCACAGGUACGUGUUCUGCGCGCCUCGGUGGGGUCCACGAUGCAGGCGUCAGUGGAGCAAGACAACCAAGUGGGUUUUGUGUCGCGCGCGAGAAGCGAGAGGAGUGAGGAAGCAGAGUGGCUGCUGAAGAUGAAAGAGGCAGGGAAAACUCGACAAGAGUGCGGAGAUGGAGAGCAUGCGAUCGGGUUGAGCCCCCGUCAAACGCAUGCCUCAGAAGUUGAGAGGCACGUGGAGACAAGGAAGAACGGCUCGCCGGAUUUCUCGCCGGUCGCCUCGAGCGGGUCUCCUCGGCUUUCUGCCCGCGGAGACGAGCCGCGUCGCGCAGCCGGUUCGGGUGUACGUACAGGCAUGGGGCGGAUUUCAGGGGCGGAGGCCGAAGCGCGAAAGGCGUCGUUCGCACAAAAGGGGAUCGCGCACGAGGCGCAGGGUCGAGAAGAGAAUGGAGCUGUGGACGCGAGUCGAGGAAACAAAUACGCUCAAGAGAAGCAGCUCGAAGCUUUCUCUCAGUCUUCCUCCCUGGUUUGCGUCUCUGACGAUGAACAGGCUGCCGAAAACGGAGAGGUUCCCGGCAAGCUUGAGUCUACCUCCGCUUGCCCAAGAAAGUCUUCUUUCCCUGUCGUGGGCGCGCAAGGCAACUCGUCUCCCCGCUCCAGUCGAGCACUAUCAGAUCCCUUUGAAGCCAACGUCGGGAGCCGGUCCUGCGGCGCUUCUGUCAGCAGUCUUGCUCCGCACCCUUUUUCCUCUUCCGCGCUCUUCCCCGCGUCGCCAUCCCUUCGCCUGCGUUACCUCGGUGCGCGGGAGGAGCGAGAGACGUCUGCGACCAGUCCGUCUUUCCGCCCAGACUCCGGAGCAGACGCGGCAGGGGCGAAGCCAGGACCGCCCUGCCAAGAGCCUUUGUCUCAAUCUUCAGGGGACUCGGAGUUUUUUUCUCUCUUUUCCUGCCUUGAGGGAGACAGAGAGCCGCGGAGUCGCGAGGCGGUGCCCGCGCCUUCGCUCGGGAACGAAGGAAGUACGGAGGCGCGGGCGAAGGGCGAGGCCGAGGCGGGCGCGUCUGCCGACGCGCCUGGACUCGUGGGGGCCUGUUCGCGCUUUCUGUCGUCUCUGUGUUCGUGGGCAGGAAAUGGAGAGGAGAAGUCACCUGGAUGUCUCGAUCCUUCUCCCGCACGUGACGCCGACCCCUCGGCUCACUCCCCCAGUUGUCCAGCUGCCGCACGGCCGCCGCUCCAGGCGCGUCUCCCCCCACCCGCCGCAGCAACUGAACAGAUAAGUGCCGGAGAGGGAGACAGGUCUGCCUCUCCGUCUUCUGCGGGCGGAGGGCGUCAGACUGUCGAGCUCCAGUCGCGGAGACGCGCACGCGUCGCCAAGCUGGUGAGCGAUUGGCGGGCGUUCCUGCGUCUGGUGCGCCGCCGCCAGCUGUCGAAGGAAGGGGUCAAACCUGCGAGUGCCUUCGAGGCGCUCCUCACUCUGGCUGCGCUGUCCCUGCCUUUGCCGCACGAGCCAUCGACGCCCUUCGCGCGCGACUCGCAGUCCCCGCACUGGCUAGCUAGCCCCCCAGGAGCUCGAGGUGGAGGAAAGGGAGCCUGCAGCUGUGCGUGUGAACUGUGCAGCGAAGAGUGGAGCCGGGCGAGACUGUUCUCUGGCGCCGCCCCUGUCUUCUCCGCGAACGACGAGGACCUGCGUCUCUGCAAGAAGGACAUCGUGCUCCUCUUCCUUCUCCGGAGCUUCUUCAGGGAUCGCCUGGUCCUCUCUCUGGAAAAGUCGGAUAGCGAGCGCGCCCCCGCAGACCUCACCCGGGGCCUCGCACAGAUCUCGGGAAGGCCGGUCGCCUGGCGCCUUGUGUGCGCGUCCGUGGCGGGGAGCGAGCGAGGUCCUUCACUCCCUGGCCGUCCGGAGACGAGAGACUUGCAGUGUGGACGCGCGCGCCGGGACAACGGGAACGCAGGCGUGAGAGAAACAGCGGAAAGCCUCAGGAGGCGGUGCGAGCCAGGAAACACAGACGGACACGACGGGUUAGACGCCGAGGUGCGUCGGGGGAAACUGGCGGCAGGCGAAGGGUUCGAGGCCCACACGCCACUCUGCGCGCCACGCGAGUGCGGCCUCGUGGCCUGGGCUGUCGCUACCCUGCAGACGCCAGGCAUUCGUGCCAGCGGACUCCACGUGGCUUCGUCUCAGUGCACUCCGCCUCCUGAAGACUGCAACGGUUGCGUCCACGUCGAUUUCUCGCCGCUUGUCCGGCGGCUAGCCGACGAGCUCGGCUGUCUCGACACUGCAGCCGUUCACGCUUCAGACGUGGCGCGCGUUGUCUUCUCGUGCUCGCUGAUGGGUGCAAAGAGAGUAGGUGCUUCUUUCCAGUCCGAGAAAUCCGUCGUGUGCAAACCGGUGUCUUCUCUGCUUUCGGAUUCGGACUGCCGACGCAUGUUUCCUGUCGCCGCCUCUCUCGCCGACUGGCUCACUGGCUGCGUGCCCUCGCCUCGAUGCCGCGGGUGUCUAGACACCCCAGACGCCUUCUUCGCCCUGCUGCUGGCGACGACGGCACGCCUCACAGGUUCCGAUGCCUCGGCGCGCUCGCUUUCCCUCUGCAAUUCAGUGCUCCUCCAAAUCUCGUCCUCGCUUCUUCGCCGCUGCGCUUCGCCCAUCGGCAGUCUCGCCGCCUGGCUCCUCGCCGCAGGCCGUGCGAGGCUGGCCUGCCGCUCGCACCUGGCUCUGUUCGCUUUGCCCUUGCUUCUCGCGGCGGGAGAAGGGACCGCAGAGGGACAUGCGGCGCCAGCGUCGCGGUGUCUCCUCGCGCCUCAGAAGACGCCGGCGUGUGAAGAACUCGAUAAGACUUUUAGUUCUCCUGACUCGCGACUCUCGAGCGAGGAACGAACCGCAGAUCGCUCCUGCGGAGAUGCAGAAGAACAGUUCAGGAAAGAGUUGGAGGAAGUGGAAGAAGAAGAAGGGGAAAUGCUAGCGGAGGCGCAGGAAUGCUGGGCGAUGCUGCAAGAGUGUUGCUCGGAAGAAAACGGAGAGGAUGACCCGCACGCGAGGACCUUGCGGAGACGGCUAGAGUGGAAUUGUCUGCGUCUAGAGGGGAGGGCCACCGCUCUUGCUGCACGCCGCGUGGAACUCGAGAGGGCGCUGCGCGGCAAGCCGGGCACAGGCGAGAGAGACGGAGUCGAGACCAGGGACGUAAGGAUCGAAAGAGUCGAUGGGGGAGACAAAGCAGAAGCGGAAAGAAACAAGACCGCGACGAAGAGAACCGAGAUCGACGAAGUGAAAGCGGCUCAGCUGGUCGACCUGCUCUGGGGCCUCACUGUAUGUGGGGUACCUGCUCGCCCGAUAUUCGGAGAGAUUGUUCGCCAGGGUAUCUUAUCCAGAGCUGCGUCCCUUCUGCCUCUGGACGACCUCUGCUGUGUAGCUUGUGCUUUCGCUGUCCAAGCAAACCGCUCGCACAGCCGCCUCGCUUCUCCUGACUCAGAUAACGAAGCAAAUGCCGAUCCGGGAUUGUCCCCGUCUACAGCAAAGGCGCCGGAACGAAAUGUACCACGUGGCCCUCUUGUCUCCCAAGUCACCUCACCUGUUGCGUCUCGGUUUUCGGGCGACGAAAACGGAGAUCAAUGCUUCGAAGCUGCCUCGCCUGUCGAUGCCACAGCCCCUGACCCUCUCUCAACUGACCCUAACGCGGAUGAGUUCUGUGGAGGGAACACGAAAAAAGAACGUCGGCCACCUCCAUCUUGGUUUUUUGAGCGAAAUCUCGCAACCCGUCUUCAGUUCUACGUCGGCCUAGGCGCACCUUACACUCGAAAGAUAGAACUGAGGGAAGGACAGUACGGGGGCGACCUGCGCUUGGCGCUUCGCAGUCGAAGAGGCAGUCACGACAUGACUUGCGAGGAGGGUGUCUCGAUGGCGCGAGGAGCAGCGAGGAGUGGGGUGCACGAAGAGAGGGUUUCAGCGUCUUCGCUUCUCCGAGACAGCUGGCUGGGACGAGCGUGGGUUGCAGCAACUGCCGAGAGCAAGAGAGAGUUCGAUGAGGUGGCCAAGAGCGCAGUGAAGGAAAUCGCAGCGGUUGUUUUCUCUCGACAGACGAGACAGGGAGGAGACCUUGAGGGGAGAAGAGAUGACGAACGAUACGGAGCGAAAAUGGAUUCCGGUGCCUCUGCAUGCAUGAAAUAUGCUCUCAGAUGUGUCGGGGCAGCUGAGGUUUGGCCAUGGCGAAGAAGCUUGAGUGAACGAGCGAGUUCGGAGUCCGCUGGUUGCGGUAUUUGUGUAACGAAGCGAAACCAUCGUGCCGAACAUCGAGACGUCUUCUCGAUUUGCGGCGUGCAGGCUAACGCUCCUUGCCCCUCAGACACGAAGGCCCGUCGCCGAUCGGGACAUCCCCCUGAGCCACCCAGUUGUGGAUGGGAGAGCGCUCGGGAGACAGUCCUUCCUUCGACGAAGGAGUGCUUUCCAGCGGCGAUGUCCGUUUCUCAGCGGAAAAGAGACGUCCGAAGGCGUCAAGAAGACACUGGUUUCCGUGCCAACCGCGAUGCCUCUUCCGGAGCGCCGGUGAGAGAAGACUUUGGUCCGUUGCGGCGACGAGGGAGGCGGGAAGUGCUGUCUGAGGGAGAACGCUCUGCUGUCGGAGUGUCGCCGCUACAACUGCAACGACCUGAGAGAACACGCGUCAUUGGGGCACAGCGAGACGGAAGGGUGGAGGAGCAUAGAGGGAGAUUCGAGGAGAGAGAGGAGACGGCAAGAGAGCCCCCGAGCCAGAGGGACAGGCCCCUGCGGCUAGAUGACCUGGCGGGUCCGUCGGUUUCGCAGCCUCAUGACUCAGGAGGUCUCGUCCAGAGUUGUGGAGGAAACGGAAAUUCCCUCUCUGUGGCAACUUUCGAGAGUGGGCAAGAAAGAGACGACGUGGUGCAUCGGCAGGCAGGCCGGUGUAUGCACAUGCGAGAUCGCCAGGAAGAGUCGACGCAUAUGGGGGAGGAGGACCAUUUCUUUUCCUUUUUUGGCGAGAAUGACGCCCGGGUUCCAAAAAUCACUAAAGAGCGGCCACGUGAGAAGGAUUUUGGAACGUCCUGGCCACGUGCUCCCGAGACUCGGUGUGACUCGUUGCGGCGAGAUGACGACGCGGCAGUGCGCGAAGACAGAGACAGUCAGUGGCCCUAUGUGUGUGAUGGCCAGUUCUCGGAAGAUGAAGAGGGCUUUUUAAAACCCCUUUUCAGGUUCUUCCUCUCUGUAGCAGUGCGAGGCGGGACAUAUGCAGCUUAUCUGCUGAUGGGAUACGCUCUAAUUAUAUUGGCCACUACUGGGUUGUGGGUCAGCUCGUCUGCAUCUGGAAGACAUGAAUCUGGAAGCAGUGGCUUGGAGCUGGCCGGCCGUGAAGCGUUCGAUGCGAAACUCUCCUUCCGUGCCACAGGGAGUGGAAGAGGCGACGAUCAAUACGGCGAGUUCUAA